AUGGCCUCGACCGUUUUUUUGUCUUUCUCACCACCGGCUUAUCUUAAACGGGCGGUUUCCGUUUCGUUUCUUCACGCCAAACCGCGAAGUUUUCAGCUACCUUUUUGCUCCUCCUCCUCCUCCUCGUUUACCGAUUUCAGUGUACGGCGCAGAGGCAGAGGCAGAGGCUUGUACACUGCGGUAGCUUGCUCAACAAGGAAGAUGGGAUUGCAAUGGAUCAGAGAUGGAAACAUUUCCUUGGUAUCGGCUAAAACCGAUUUGUCUCAGGUUUUGUCAGCUUUGCUUCCUUUCGUUGUAGCUCUCACUGCCUUAGCCGCUCUCUCCUACCCUUCUACUUUCAUAUGGGUAUCUAAAGAACUAUAUGCUCCUGCUCUUGGAGGGAUAAUGUUAUCCAUUGGAAUCCAGCUCUCGGUCAAAGAUUUUGCUCUUGCACUCAAAAGACCAUUGCCGCUUUCCGUUGGGUUUCUUGCUCAGUACGUUCUCAAACCGAUCCUCGGGGUUUUCGUUGCUAAUGCAUUCGGGAUAUCUCCAACGUUCUACUCCGGUUUUGUACUCACGUCUUGUGUGGCAGGAGCUCAAUUGUCUAGCUACGCGAGUUUCCUAAGCAAAUCAGAUGUUGCCUUGAGCAUUCUUCUCACUAGCUCUACUACUUUUGCCUCUGUAAUAUUCACACCUUUGCUUACCCGUUUUCUCAUUGGAUCGGUCGUUCCUGUUGAUGCAAUAGCCAUGUCCAGAUCCAUACUACAGGUUGUGCUUGUCCCAGUGACUCUUGGGCUCGUGUUAAACACCUACGCAAAGCCUGUGGUCACACUUGGUCGUGACUUUCCAUGCCGCAGCAUUCGCCUUGGGAUAUUGGUUCUCAAAGAUCCCUGCCCUGAGAACUCGACAUUAGCGGGUCUCCUCGCGUCUCAGUUCCUUGGAAGCAGCCAAGCGGUGCCACCAGCUUGCUCAGGGGUCGUGUUGGCCAUUAUGGGUCUAUGCCUUGCCUCCUUCUGGGGCAAUGGGUUUCGUAUCAGAGACAUCAUUCCAUCUCUAACAACACCACAAAGCAGUGGCUCCACAGUCGAAUCAUGA